AUGGAGGAGCCCUCUGUGCUUCUCUGUAAGAGGUCUAGCCCCUGGCAGGGUCUUCUGCUCGCAGCCUCCUUUUUAACCUUCUGCCACCUGUCCACCACUGCCCAUGUGACUGUGACCACUGAAUCAGUGCCACCACUAGUGGCCAAAGGAGAUGACGUCCUUUUCCUUGUCCACGAACUGCCAGAAAAUAUUGAAGCCAUAGCCUGGUUCAAAGGGCUAACAAAUAUGAAAGACGCAAUUGCAGUAUAUGGACUGUUCAACAAUGUAAGUGGGCCAGGGCCUGUGCACAGUGGUAGAGAGACAAUAUAUCGCAAUGGAUCCCUGCUGAUUGAAAAACUCACUGAGAAGGACACGGGAUUCUAUACCCUACGAACGUAUAAUAGACAUGUAAAAAUUGUAUCAACAACAUCCACGUACCUCCAUGUGCAGGAUUUCCUCUGGAACUGUGGGCGCCAUGCCACCUCUGCCCAGCCCACUGUUACUCUACUCAUUCACAAUAUCCCAGAGAAUCUUCAAGGCUUUGUCUGGUUCAAAGGAAUAUCUGUGUUCUGGAAAAAUGAGAUUGCCCGAUAUACAAUAGACAGCAAAUCAAGCAUUACAGGUCCUGCACACACUGGCAGAGAGACGUUGAAUGGUGAUGGAUCCCUGGUGCUUCAUGGUGUCACUCAGAAUGAUACCGGGUUGUACACCCUACGAAUUAUGGGUACAGAUAUGAAAAGUGAAGAAGCCCACGUACAACUCCAGGUGGACACCUCCCAUUCUCCAUGCUGUAAUCCUCUGACCUCUUCCCAAGUCAUGAUCCAAUCAGUGCCUCUGUAUGCUGCUGAAGGGGAAAGUGUUCUUCUCCAAGUUCACAAUCUUCCAGAAGAUUUCAAAGCCUUUACUUGGUACAGAGCCAUAUAUCGUGUUCCGCAUUUUGAAAUUGUCGAACACAGCAGAGAACUAGAUACCAUUACCUGGGGAGAUCAAUAUAGCAGAAGAGAGACUGUGUAUGACAACGGAACUCUGCUGCUCCAGAACAUCACUGAGCAAGAUGCAGGAAUGUACACACUAGCAAUCUUGAAAAGUGAAUACAAAAUUGAAAAUGUCUAUGUGAAAGUACAUGUAAACAAACACGUGGCACAGCCCUUUGUGCGAGUCACUAACAGCGUAGUCUCAUCACACAGAUCUGCGAUCCUCAACUGUGUUUCACCUGACACUGACGUCUCCAUCCGUUGGUUCUUCAAUAACCGGCCCCUGCGUCUCUCAAGGAGGAUGACUCUGUCCCCAACAAAGUGUGGACUGAGAAUAUACCCUGUAAAGUUGGAGAAUAUUGGAGAGUAUAAGUGUGAGGUCUCCAACCGAGUCAGUUCGAAGACCAGUCUUCCAGUCUGGUUUCAGUGA